AUAGUGAAGCGCUCAGUCGUGUGCCGGGGCGCCCUGAAAGUGACGGUUUGUAAACCAGUCACUCCGCGUAUUUAAUUAUCAUCGUUAAUUGUUAAAAAAAAAACAAUUUAAUUUAAGUAACCUUUCAUCAUGGACGCAAAGAACAUGAACGGCAGUGCGCCAAAACAAGAAAAAAAGGAAUUUCCUAAAUAUGAAUCUCCCUUGCAAAAGACUGUGCCGAAUUUUUUUUCGCGGUUUUUGUUUUGUUGGAUGAUCCCCAUAUACUACAAUGGGACGAAAAGGGACUUAGAAGAGUACGAUUUAGUGCCAGCGAAACGACAAUACGACUCGAAACGUGUUGGGGAUGUGUUAGAAAGAUAUUGGCUUAAUGAAGAAGCUGCAGCCAAAGCCGCUGGAAAAAAGCCAUCGUUGCUGAAAACUUUCGCCAAAGCUUUUGGGCUAAGUUUCAUAUCUGCUGGGAUAAUGCAGUUUUUAUGUGUUGGUAUAAGGACCUUCACACCGCUGCUGUUCGCCCAACUGCUGCAGUACUGGUCGGUGGGUUCCACCAUGUCGAAGGAGACAGCCGCGAUGUACGCCGGGGGCAUGAUCCUGGCCAACUGGGCGUCGGCUUUACUCAAUCACCACGGGAACCUGGCUGCACAGCAAUUCGGAAUGAAACUCCGAAUUUCUGCUAGCUCUCUUAUGUUUAGAAAGAUAAUGCGAAUGAACAACAGUUCUCUGGGCGAUACGACAGCUGGUAAAGUUGUGAACAUACUUUCGAACGACAUGCAGCGGUUCGACUUGGCCCUACUGUUCCUGCAUUACAUCUGGAUCAUCCCGAUACAGCUGGCCGUGGUGUGCUACCUGGGGUACCUACAAGCCGGGUAUGCAGCUCUGGUUGGGCUGGCAUCGCUCGUUAUUAUAGCGUUGCCCAUACAAGGUUAUGUUGGUCAAAAAACCGGUAAAGUCAGAUUCCGGACUGCUGAAAAAACAGAUGAGCGGAUUAAAGUUAUGAGUGAAGUUAUCAGUGGUAUACAGGUGAUCAAAAUGUACGCUUGGGAGAUACCAUUCCAAAAAGUGGUGAGCGAGAAACGUGCCAAUGAGCUGAAGGAGAUCAGAGUGGCUUCGUACUUGAGGAUCGUCUUCCUUGGCUUCAUGCUGUUCACGGAGCGAUCGGCCCUCUUCAUCACAAUCCUCGUCUUCAUCUUGUUCGGCAACACAAUGUCAGCUAAUGUUAUAUACCCUCUACAGCAGUUCAUGAGUGCAGCCCAAAUCAAUAUCACUCUAGUCCUACCCUUGGUGCUCGCAUUCACAGCUGAACUUUUCGUCACCAUAGGAAGAAUCCAAGAUUUUCUACAAGCAGAGGACCGGCCCGAUUUGGCAAAAAAUCCACAAUCUGCUGCGCCAAUGCAAAAUUUGUUCAACAAAUUGUCCGCUGAAGGGGCGCUAGAAAAGGGCGAUGACCAUGUCAGGCCCCUUUCGUAUCAAAGAAAGUCUGAAGCUAAGAUCACUGAAACGCCUCCAGUGAAUGUGAAGCCCCGCAAAAGCGUGUCGCUUCCUGGUGACAUCGCUGUAGAACUUCGCAACGUGUCAGCCAGCUGGACGAACGACCCCACUAUGUCGGCGCUUAGCAACGUGUCGUUAAGGCUGCGCAGGGGCAAGCUCUGCGCCGUUAUAGGAGCCGUUGGUUCUGGAAAGUCAUCAAUACUUCAAAUGCUGCUGAAGGAGCUGCCUCCAUACUCGGGUACGGUGUCAGUGAAUGGGACCGUGUCGUAUGCGUCGCAGGAGGCGUGGCUGUUCCCUAGUACUGUGCGAGAGAACAUCCUCUUUGGACUGGCUUUCGACCCUGAGAAGUACAAAAGAGUGUGCAGGGCGUGCUGCCUAGAGAAGGAUUUCAAACAGUUUCCCUACGGCGACCAGACCCUGGUAGGGGAGAGGGGGGUGUCCCUCUCGGGGGGGCAGCGCGCCAGAAUCAAUUUGGCCCGCUCCGUCUAUAGAGAGUCUGACAUCUACCUAUUGGACGACCCGCUGUCGGCGGUGGACGCGAACGUCGGUCGCCUGCUGUUCGAGGGCUGCAUCAACGGCUACCUCCGCGGACGCACGCGCAUCCUCGUCACCCACCAGAUACACUUCCUCAAGGCUGCCGACUAUAUCGUGGUGUUGAAUGAGGGCCAAGUGGAAAACAUGGGCACUUUCGACGAGCUGGUUGAGAGUGGCAAGGAGUUCGCGACGCUGCUCGCCUCUUUACAAGAAGGGAAAGAUAAGGACGCGGACAGUGUUGGAUCAGGUGUCAGCAUUGAAGACAAAGAGAAGCGCGAUUUCAAGAGGAUGAUAUCGUCUGCGUCGACAAACGAAAACGAUGAUAUUGAAGAGUUUAAGGCUCAAACUCAGGAGGCCGAGGAAAGGCAGUCGGGCAACUUAAAGUGGUCCGUAGUGUCAGCGUACUUCAGUUCCGGAGGCAAUAUCUGUUUCAUUGCUUUCACGGUGACCAUGAUCCUGCUGGCGGCGGUUGCAGCUGGAGCUACCGACUAUUGGAUCAGUUUCUGGUCCAACAACAUGGCUCGUUACGAAGAAUCAUUGGAAGGUGGCGUACCAGAGUCUGGACUUGACGUGCAAGUGGGUCUGUUCACCACCGGGCAGUACCUGAUCAUCCACGGCUGCCUGGUCAUCACCCUUGUUCUGCUGACGCAUCUGAGAAUUUUCCCGUUCGUCGCUCUCAUUGUCAACGCCUCGAAGAAUCUCCACGACUUUAUGUUCUCUACAAUGAUAAAGGGAAUCAUGAGAUUCUUCGAUACCAGCUCUUCAGGUCGAAUUCUCAACAGAUUUACAAAAGACAUGGGAGCGCUGGAUGAAAUUCUACCUCGAACAUUACUGGACGUGGUCCAAAUCUACAGUACCCUGUUAGUCAUCCUGAUACUGAACGCCAUUGCUCUGUACUGGACGCUGAUACCGUCGUUUGUUCUGCUCAUUUGCUUUAUGUUCAUGGUCAGAAUUUACAUGAAGACUGCUCAAAGUAUUAAGAGAUUGGAGGGAAUAACAAAAAGUCCUGUAUUCGGUAUGGUGACAUCUUCACUCAAUGGAAUAGCUACUAUCAGAUCGGCUGGUGCUGAGAAAAGGCUUAUCGAUGACUUUGAUAAUCACCAGGAUUUGCAUACAGCCUCGUGGAACGGGUAUCUUUGCGGAGGCAGUUCUUUUGGCCUUUACCUCGACACCGUUUGUCUUAUCUACCUCACUACAGUCAUUUUCAUAUUUAUCUAUAUUGAUUUUGGAGACCUAAUCGCCGUGGGCAGCGUGGGCAUAGCGGUGACACAGACCAACGCGUUAACGGCCAUGCUGCAGCACGGUGCCAGGAUGUUGGUGGAGUUCAUAGCUCAGCUCACCAGUGUCGAGCGAGUGCUCGAUUACACGCGCAUCGAGACCGAGAGCAACCUGUUUGAAGGACAGAUCGAGUCGAUUCCAACGUGGCCCUCGGAGGGAAGGAUCGUUUUUGACAACGUCAAUAUGCGGUACUCGCCUACCGAGGAACCUGUCCUCAAGGAUUUGAACAUAACCGUCGAAAGUGGGUGGAAGGUGGGCAUCGUUGGUAGAACAGGCGCUGGGAAAUCGUCUUUAAUUUCAGCUCUGUUCAGAUUUGCGUACCUCGAUGGAAAAGUAACUAUCGACGGUGUGGACACUUCUCUAGUCGCCAAGCAGGAGCUGCGUUCUAAAAUCUCAAUUAUCCCACAAGAGCCAGUUUUGUUCUCAGCAACGAUUAGAUACAACUUAGAUCCGUUCAACCUCUAUAGUGACGCUCAGCUUUGGCAGGCACUUGAGCAGGUGGACAUGAAAUCUGCUGUGCCAUCAUUGGACUUCAAAGUGACGGAAGGUGGAUCGAACUUCUCCGUUGGGCAGCGACAGCUCAUGUGCUUGGCUCGGGCUGUGCUCAGGUCCAACAAAAUAUUGAUUAUGGACGAAGCCACCGCUAAUGUUGACCCACAGACGGACAACUAUAUCCAGCAAACUAUCAAGGAGCAUUUCGCCUCGUGCACGGUGCUCACCAUUGCUCAUCGUCUCAACACCAUCAUGGAGUCGGACCGCGUUCUGGUCAUGAGCUUCGGCCGCGUCCUCGAGUUCGAGCAUCCCUACAUCCUCCUCAGUGACCCUAACAGCCACUUCAGCUCCAUGGUCAAGGAGACUGGAGAGAAGAACGCGGCCCUACUUUUCCAAGUAGCAAAGGACGCCUAUUUCCAAAGCAAUCUGAAAGAAAACGCCAGAUGAACAGUCCAUAGCUAAAUAGGUUCAUAAUUUUAGCAACAUUGAAUCUAAGAGUUAGGAAAUAUAACUUGUGGGUUGUUUUUCUCAGUUCAUGCACUAUGAAUAGUGCUCGAAAUAUUGCGUAUGAAACGG